AUGUACGACAAAAGCCACGAGCAAGAUUCCAAGGGCAGAGAACUAGGUAGGAACGGGAGCCUGACGUAUCAAUUCGGCAAAGCCGUUUCUCAGAUAUCCCAAGAUGCCGAUAGGGUCGAUGCUACUUUCUCUGAUGGCUACAGACGAUGCUUUGAUGCUGUAGUUGCCGCCUAUGGACAGUCAUCACGAACCAGAGUACUUGUAUCUCACCAGGAGGCCAGCGAUACAACGUACAAGACACUCGAGGUUGACGCUGCAUACUAUAGCAUCCCGCGAACAGAGGACUUCUACGCUCACGAAGUCGUCCAGGUCAAGAUGAAGCAGCCCUACAAAGGCUGCAUUGUGCUUUUGGGAGACGCGGGCUACUGCCCAAGUCCUUUCACUGGUAUGUGGACCACGGGUCGUCUGAUCAGCGCAUACGUGCCCGCAGGAGCACUGGCACGACAUGGCAGCAAUGUAGGCACUGCGCUCCAAAACUACCAAGCGCUCAUGCCGACCCCAAUCAACAAGUGCCAAAAGAUGCCAGGCCUGAUUCCUGGCGCCUUCUUUCCAUCGUCACGUCUUGGUCUUUGGACCUUGCACAAUGCCAUGUGGGCCACAUCCACAGUCCAGCAGAUAGCACGACUGCCGUCGCCGGGACCUAAAAGUGGCAGGCAGCUACCUGAAUAUCCUGAGCUGAAGCUAGCGUCGUCAUCCUAG